AUGUCUGCUUCCAACUACGCAGCUAGGGCUAGAGGCGAGACGACUAAACGUCUACUUGCGCAGCUGGUCAACGAAGGAUUGGCAAGCUUGGAUUUUCUUGACGAAUCUCACGACUCUGCCACGCGUCGACCGCGCAUCACCGGACAGAGGGAGGGGAAUGCAGACCGCUGGCUCACUCUUUCUGCAGUGCAUGGUGUUAUCACGACAGGCCAUCUGCGUCCCAAUGACCUUGAGCUUCCUGUCACACUCUGCUCCGGCAAUAAUGAGGCUCUCCAAGACGAUCCAGGUGCCAUCUUUGAGUUUAUCUCGGUGUGGCUUGACUGUAGUGAGGCCAUGACGACAUCAGUUGUGCAAGAGCUGCGCAAUUCUGCAGCCAUGCUAGAGAAAUGGAUGGAGCAUGGCUGGCAGACGCCCACCCUUGACCUGGACUCCUCAUUCUUGGAUUGGGAGAGGUCUGUGGUGGCGGGCCACCCAACACAUCCGUUCCAUCGAACAUGUAUUGCCAACCGCUUGUUGAAGCCGGUUGGACCGGAACAUCUCCCCGGCAUGCUGAAUCCAGAUAUUUCGUUCGUCACUGUCCCCCGCACAUCAGUCCGCACAGCAGGACCCUUUGAGAAACUCAUUGAAUCCAUGAUGAAGCAUUUCGGAAUCUCCGUGGCCAGCUCCCAAGGAAACACCACAGUUCCCUGUCUAACGCAGCAUCUCCCAGCUUUGCUGCAUCAUUUCCCCGAGGCCGAGUUAAUCGAGACAGUACCCAAUGGUGCCGUGGCCCAGGCGGCCAUGCGAACGGUUUCUAUCCCGGGUUUUGCGUACGACGUCAAGUUUUCACUGGCAUGCCUCGUUACGUCCGCACUGCGCGUCCUUCCGUGCUGGUCUGCAGAUGCAGCGCCCAAGUUGACCUGGCUUCUCAAGGAGAUAUCCCCGCCAAACCUGUGGAUAGUUGGCGAGGUUGCCGCCGUGACUGGCAAUCAGCAAGACAUGGCCGAGGCUCGGUACAUGACUUGCAUACUGAGGGAGAAUUUGGAGUCUAGGGCCAAAGAAAAUAACGAAGCGCUGAUACUCUCUUCCGCAUUGAUGGAAAAGCCAAUGGGAGGCUCCCGGACGUACGCCGAGGUGCUCUUCGACCUGCAUACCACGGCCGACAAAGUGCGCUGGUUCAAGAGUUAUGUCCAACAUCUCUUGUCUCUUGCCUUGGAUCCUCUGGUGCGACACCGAGUUGGACUCGAGUUUCAUGGCCAAAACUCCAUUGUCCGCAUCUGCAAAAGGACAAGAGCCAUCAAGGGAUUUGCUAUACGCGACCUGGCAGGCGUCAAACUUCACGGAGCGAGUCUCGUAGCCCAAGGAUUCGAUGUGACGGGUCUUGAGGCCUCGAGCACGGAUGACAGCCACCAGGUAUGGGACAGAGUGCACCACGCCCUUAUUCAGAACAACAUUGGAUACAUGAUGUAUGCGUUGGAGUUGGAGAGAGACCACGAUGGAUGGGGCAUCGUGCGGUCCGCGCUGGCUGAUACCCUUGACGUCGAAAAUAAUGCUCUGGGAAGGCAGAUUUACCAGUAUUUCUUGAGGGAUACCAUGUUGUUCAAGUCGUUCAUCACAAUGAGACUGAUUUCGUCGCUAGACGGUCGCUUCAAGCUUGUGGACACAGAGGUGCCGAAUAUCCUCUGCAAAACGAGCCCGUGGCUGCUUCAAAUAUGUCUAGCCGGAAGCAACAAUCGGGACUUGAUGCAGCAGAAUCUCCUGAAGAGCACAAGCCAAUAUGGACAGCUCCCUGGAGCCUCACGGCGACUCAAUCCAUACCCAGCUGUUCUACCAGUCCAGUUUGUCCAGAAUGUCGAACGCUUUCACGAAGCGCUAGCCGCGGCCCUUGACAACGUUGUUGAACGGUGGUGGAAAGACGUGGAUGCCAACUUGCCGGGACGCAUGCCGCUUGAGCCCCGAGUGGAAAAGCUGCUCAGGUGGAUUGACGAGGGCUCCGACAAAGGCUUCGUCCGAGGCUACAAGGGCCACCAGGGUAACUUGAGACCAGACAUGCUGAUACUCGCCGCGGAAGAGCACGCCGUCCCCCAGUUUCGCGUCUGCGAGAUCAACGGCCGGUUCCCCAUCAACUUCCUUCAUUUCGCGGCGAGUGCCUACGGAGCCUUGGCCGGCUUGCCGUGGAGCAUUCCGCUGCUCAAGCCAGCAACGGAUUACACGAAGCUCCGUGACAGCCUGUUUCAGCUGUUUGACCCGUCGGUUCCUAUUCACUUUGUCGGACAGACGUCCGACUUUCCAAAAGACAGUCCUCUAUUUGGCCUCGUAGAGCAUCGAACUGGCAUGAGACCAAGAUUGGUAAAGCCGUCGAGUCUCGUGUUGAUCCCCAGCGGUUCUGAACCGACGGGAUUUUCCCUCUACUGCGUCUGGGGCGCCGACCCGGCCGUGACCAAGCGGCCCUUGAAGCUGAUUACCGUGGAGGGACGGGUCCUGGAAGAGGUGCACCAGGUAGGAUGCCAACUGUACGAUUUUGAACUCUUCGCCUUGGAUCCGGACAUGGUGCGACACAUUGCCAUGCGGAGCGUCAACGACAUGCGGAGCGUCUUCAUCGCCCACGACAAGCGGAUCCUCGGCAUCCUGCGGCAGGAGCUGGACGCGCUUGUGCACAAACACGGCGUUCUUACUCUGGCGCAGGCGCGGAUCCUCGAGCAGGGCAUCGUGCCGACCAUACUGCCGGGCUGUGAGCGCCUGCGCCAGCUUCUCGAUGCCAGCUACGCGGAUCCCGGAAUCAAGGAUGGGUACAUUCUUAAGCCGUUCCGUCUGGCGAGAGGAUCUGGGAUUCUGCUGGGCAGGGACAUGUCCGUCUCCGAGUGGUGCCGCAUUCUCGAAUCCAUGAAGACGGCCGACUUGCGCUCUUGUACGGCGCAGUACGUGCUGCAGCCGUUGCAGAAGGUGCGGUCUGUCAACUGGUUCUGGGACGAGGAGCGCAUGGUCUGCAGGAGUAAAAUGGUGGGAGCGUAUUAUUCUGUUCAUGGGCGGUUUGUUGGGCUUGGGAGCUGGAGGACCGCGACUGCGUCUGAGAAUGUUAUUUCUGCGUCGAGUAAGGAUGUGACAAGUGUGCUUUCGGCUGUUUACUUGAACAGUUAG